AUGUCGGAUAGCUCACAACACGAGUCCGAGAAGAAAGUCGCGGGGCAGUUCCAUGUCGCACCUGGAACAGAGAUAUUGUUCGAUGGAAGUGACAACGGAAGUAUUUCUGAGCGGCUUCACCAGCUGAAGCAUCGUGAAACAGGCGAUGGUCGCAUGUUAUUGGUCCCUCAACCUUCGAUCAACGAUCCAAACGACCCUUUGAACUGGUCGACUAAGAAGAAAACCUUGACUUUCUUCAAUGGCUGUUGGUUUGCAUUUAUGGGUGCUAUUACAGGUCCUAUUAUGGCAGCCGGUAUGAUGCAAUUGUCUGCCACCUUCGGCAAGUCCCUCCAGGAAUUGACCUAUGCAAACGGAGCUUGUUUGAUCAACCAGGGUGUAUGGAAUUUUGUCUGGAUGCCGUUUGCCGUCAAGUAUGGGCGCCGUCCCAUCUACAUCUUCUCGAACUUGCUUAUGGCCAUCGCCUGUAUUUGGCUGGCCGUUGCAUCCAACAAAACCUACACUGUUUUCCUGGUUGGGCGUGCGUUUCUGGGCGCUUUCCAAGCGCCUAUUGAGUCAAUUGUCCCGUCUACAGUGACUGAUAUGUUCUUCCUGCAUAAUCGUGGAGAGCUCAUUGCCAUCUACGGACUCGCUGUCCUAGGAGGUAAUGAGCUGGGACCUAUGUUCUCUGGAUUUAUCGUGCAGGCACUUGGAAUGGACUGGGCCUUCUGGAUUGUGACCAUGUUUGUUAGUGCUAGUCUGAUUUCCAUGUUCUUCUUCAUGCCAGAAACCAAGUUCGAUGGACCCCGUCCUGAUCCAUUGCAAAACACCACAAAAGCCAAUGUGGGUAAAGACCAGGUUUUGGUCCAGGAGUCAAGUCCAGUUCCCAAAAAGACCUUUGUGCAAGAACUCAAGUUCUGGAACAGCGGGGAUCCAGAUGUGAAUCUUCUCCACGUGUUCCUGCGCCCAUUCGUGCUGUUGGCCUAUCCCACCGUCCUCUGGUCAUGCUGUAUUUAUGGAAUGGCUCUUAGCUGGAAUGUCAUCCUCGGCGCGUCGGUGGCACAGCUCUUUGCGCCCCCUCCUUACGGAUUCAAUUCCAAUAGCCAGGGUCUCUUCUUCCUGUCGCCUUUUAUUGGCUCUCUUUUUGGUGUAUUCUUCUCUGGUCCAGGGGGUGAUUGGGUUGCCACGUUCUUCACCAAGCGCAAUAAUGGUAUUCGUGAGCCCGAGAUGCGGCUACCGACCUGUCUAUUGGCAGCGUUUUUCACAUUCUUUGGUGCUCUCUGGUUUGGACUUUCCUAUGAGCAUCAAAUGCACUGGGCGAUGCCUGUUGUGGGAGCCGGCAUUCUCUCGGUAGGAAGUCAGAUGGGAACAACGCUAGGGAUGAACUACGCCCUAGAUUGUCACAAAGAGCUUUCCGUCGAGAUCAUGGUCACGAUUGCUGCUCUGAAGAGUUGCAUCGCGUGGAUCUGGACGUGGGUGAUCAACGAUUAUAUGACUUCCAGUGGUGUUUUGAGUGUCUUCAUGACAGUUGCGGCUAUCAACGUUGUAGUCUACUUAGUCUACAUUCUCUUCUAUCUCAAGGGUAAGGAUAUUCGAAUUUGGCUACACCGGAAAGAUUUCCUACGGGCCGCUGGUAUCAUCUAG